AUGGCUGCCCGCGAAGAUGUCGAGUUCAGGACCAUUGAUGGGCUCACCAUCCGGGGGUGGCUCUAUCCUGCGACCAAACGGGGAGCUGCUAUCAUCGCAACUCCUGGGACAGUGACUAAGCGAUUCUCUGCACAGUUCAACUUCACGAAAGAGACCAUGGUCGCUGAGAUCGCCGAAUAUUUCCAGCGAUAUGACUUCACGGUCCUGAUCUACGACCCGCGCAGCAUCGGGCUCAGCGACGGGACUCCACGUAACGAGAUUCACCCCUCGCGCAACGUCGAGGACUACCACGAUGCUCUAACCUACCUCAAAGGCCAUCCUCUGGUGGACCCGAAGCGCAUCGCCUACUGGGGGUUCUCCUACAGCGGAAUGCUGGCGCUGGUGGCCGCGGCGUUGGACAAGCGCGCGAAAGCAGUGGUGUCAAUGUGCCCCCUGACGAUCUGGGACUUCCCACCGGAAAAGUGGCCACGGGUGUUGGCCAAGGCGCUGCAAGACCGCGAGUCGCGCGCCGUGGGUAAUAAACCCGUCUACAUCCCGAUGCUGACCGCUGAGGGGGAGAACCCGGCUGGCUUUGGCAAAGGCUUCGACGUCGACGGGUUCAAGAUGAUGGCCGGGGCCAAGCUGCUGCAGCCAACCUUUGAGCUCGAGACCACGCUGGGCAGUUACUACCACAUCGCCGCCUUCCAACCCAUGGGGCUGAUUCCUUACGUGUCGCCCACCCCGGCCCUGGUUGUCACCCCGGAGCAUGACGUGGUCUCACCCGCGGACCUGCAACGGACGCUGAUAUACGAUCGCCUGAAGGAGCCCAAACGUCACCUUAUUGUGCCGGAAAAGGGACACAUGGAUGUGUUAAGCGGUGAUUCUUUUGCUAAGACGCUGGAUGCGCAGAUUGCGUUUCUGCGUGAGAUUUUAGGGUAG